AGACCUGUUUCCCAUUACGUAGCUUGGCACUAUUUAUAGAUAUCACGUGACUUGACCAAAUUCAAAACGAGGCUGAGCGUGAUUAUCUCAUCAUAGCGAAAACAAACAAUGGCGUCUAAUGUUGAUAAUUAUCUAGAUUUUACUGUGGACGAUUUACAUCGUUUAACCGUGAUAAAACUUAAAGAAUUGCUUCUUGCUGGUAACGAAUCUACUACAGGGAAGAAAUCGUCUUUAGUAUCUCGUGCAUAUGCAUACAUUUGCCGAGUGAAGUGCAAAAAUGUCGACCAAGUGUCGAAAAAGCACGUAAAUACUGCCGAUGUAAAUAUUCCGAAGGAAUGUAUAUUUGAUGAUUUAAUUGUGCUAGGAGGUGAUUCUGUAUGGUCAACUGAUUUGAGAAACUUACCAGAAGUAAACUUUCAUCAGUUGUAUGAUUACUUGGUCGUAAAGACACAAAAGUUUGGUGAUAAAAUUAUGAAAGGAUCAGUGUACAAGAAAGAGAGGUCUUAUAACUUUUAUAAGGAAGGACAUAUAAGUGAUAUGAAAACUUUGAAAAACAAUACUAUGACAUUGGUUAAAGCUAAAGUAGUAGCAUCAAUGAAAAAAAUAAGAUACAACGUUGUUGUUGUUUUCAAUGAACAAGCAGAUGUGCUAUAUGCAGCAUGUGAAUGUCCAGCUGGACUGGGACCAAAUGGUGAAGGAAAAUGUAACCACACUGGCGGUCUACUUUUCUGUGUUGAAGACUUCAGUCGGAAAAACCUUCAGAAAGCCCCUGAAGCAGUAACCUGUACGGGAAAACUAAGUAGUUGGAAUGUUCCCAGAGACCUAAAAGUACAUUCAGCCCCACUUCCAAAUAUGAAGAUAAAAAAGGUACAUAUUGGAAAACAGCAGGAAAAUAUACAGUCAGAGUCUGUGACUUUAUACGACCCUCGGGCUCCGGUUGACAGAUAUCUCGAUAUCCCGGCAUUGCGUACAUUGUAUGAGAAUUUAGAAAAUUGUAUGCCGGCAUCUGGUUUUUUUCUUUUUCAUGAGGAACUGACAGACAUCGACAACGAGCAGGUGACACUAGGUGAAAACUUGCCUGUUUGUGAUAAUGUGGAAGUGGUAUCCACACACUAUUGCGAGAAGGACAGUGGAAUGGAUAUAUUUUCCGACCAGAAAUUGUUGGACAUUUAUUCUGUCAAAGGUAUAAGUCUGCCAGAUAUGGCCAGUAGCAAGGAUAUUGAAUGUGCUGUUGAUGAUUAUCUAAGCAAACUUAAAAUUGAUGAAAUGAUAAUUGAAGCAGUUGAAAUGAGAACCAAAAAGCAAUCACAAAGUGUGUUGUGGCAGAAUCUAAGGAAAUUCAUCCUUACUGCUUCAAACUUUGGCAAAAUAAUAAAACGUAAAAUAAACCCAGAUGGACUUAUUAAGCAGUUGCUAUAUUCCAGCUUCUCAUCGAAAGCUACCACUUACGGGUCUGAAAACGAAGAAAAUGCAAUUCUUGCUUAUGAGAAACAUAUGGAAAUGUCUGGAAAUGCUGUCAAAGUUGAGAAAAUAGGUUUACAAAUUUGUGACAAGUUUCCUGGAUUAGGUGCCAGUGUUGAUGGCAAAGUGUUUGACAUAUCUACAGAUAGCUAUGGAUGUCUAGAAGUGAAAUGCCCUAUAUCUAGAGCUGGACUUACUCUUGAAGAAGCUGUACAUAAACAGCCAUUUUGCUUGAAGAAAAAUGAUAAAGGUGAAAUUAAAUUGAACAGAUCUCAUGAUUACUUUUACCAGGUUCAAGGUCAAAUGUUUGUGACAGGGCUAAAGUGGGCAGACUUUGUUGUUUGGCUCAAUGACAAAAAUGUUUAUGUCGAAAGAAUUUUAUUUGAUGAGACAAUGUGGAAUAAAAUUUCACUUCCUAAAUUAACUAACUUUUACAGGCAACAGUUUAUUCCAGAAAUGUUGUCAAGGAGAGUACAAAAACAAUUAUUAGAAAGAUAAAAUAAAAGCUUAAAGCACAACGAAAGAUAGGAGUGAAUAAGUAGGCAGUUGGUUAAAGUACAUGGACAUAUUUUGGUUAAGUGCUUAAGUUUUUUGAUAGUUAUUGCCAAAUUACAAAUUGAACUCAGUGCACAAAAGUGUAAAAACAUUUCUUGAUUACAAACAUGUAAAGGGAUAAAAAAAAUAUAAAUAUCCUGUGCAUACUUUCAAUUAAGUAAAAUAAUGUUAAGAAGUUGUUUGUUACUUGUGGAGCUUCAAGUUUUUUU